CACAAAGAAAAAGAAAAGAUUUAUUCAUUGCGCCAUCUUGAAUAACGGCAUUAGUACGUAUUCUUUAGUGAACGCCCUGCAAAUUUGCUGAAUUUUCUGGUUUUUAACCUUUUGAUACGCUUGUUAAAAAUGAACCGUCGCCCUGGACGUGAUAGUCGUAUGGACCGUGGGGGUCGCGGUGGCGUAGGCCCGUCGAAUUCGAUGCGUCGCAAUGAUCGUGAUGGUGGUCGAGGGGAAAAGCGUUCCGACCGACAAGAGAAAAACGGCGAGAACCUACAUCCUAUCCGGUGGGAUCAGGUGAAGUUGGAUCCAUUUCAAAAGAAUUUUUUCAAUCCCUCUAGUAGUGUACUGGAGAGGUCGCGUGCUGACGUGGGUCAGUAUCUGGACAAAAAUGAGAUCACCGUGAUCGGAAAAAACAUUCCUGCUCCGAUAUUGACCUUCGAGGAAAGUGGGUUUCCGAAAGUUUUUCAGGAUGAGAUGACCCAUCAGGGAUUCCAAGAACCAACCCCUAUCCAGGGUAUUGGUUGGUCAAUUGCGAUGAGCGGAAGGGAUAUGGUUGGUAUAGCUAAAACUGGCAGUGGAAAAACUCUGGCCUACAUUCUUCCUGCUUUGAUACAUAUAAGCAACCAGGGAAGGCUUUUGCGCGGCGAUGGUCCGAUUGCUUUAGUAUUAGCACCGACGCGUGAGCUAGCCCAGCAGAUUCAGCAAGUGUGCACUGAUUUCGGUCGUCGGAUGAGUAUUAUGAAUACUUGUAUUUUCGGAGGUGCUUCCAAGCAUCCACAAGCGGAUGACUUACGACGUGGCGUUGAGAUUGUGAUUGCAACUCCGGGGCGGUUGAUUGAUUUUCUCGAAAGUGGAACAACGAAUCUACGGCGUACCACUUAUUUGGUACUGGACGAAGCUGACCGUAUGUUGGACAUGGGUUUUGAACCACAGAUUAGAAAAAUUAUUUCACAGGUUCGUCCAGAUCGUCAGGUUCUUAUGUGGUCUGCCACUUGGCCAAAAGAAAUUCGAAAGCUAGCUGAAGAGUUUUUGCGCGAUUAUAUCCAAAUCAACAUAGGUUCGUUAAAUUUGGCUGCAAACGAAAACAUCUUGCAGAUUAUUGACUGCUGCCAGGAGUAUGAAAAACAAGAUCGAUUGUUCAAGCUGUUGAAUCAAUUGUCACAGCAAGGCCAUUUGAAAUCGAUCAUAUUUGUCGAAACUAAGCGUAAGGUUGACCAGAUAGUUGGGAUCAUCAAGCGAAAUGGCUGGAGAUGCGAUGGAAUUCACGGUGAUAAAACCCAAAAAGAUCGUGACUUUGUGUUAAACACAUUUCGCCGCUCGAACAAUGGAAUUCUGGUAGCCACCGACGUGGCUUCACGCGGUUUAGACGUUGACGAUGUCAAGUUUGUCAUCAAUUAUGACUUUCCGAAUAACUCAGAAGACUACAUUCAUCGUAUUGGCAGAACUGGGCGUUCAACUAACAAGGGUACGGCGUACACGUUUUUUACACCGGCAAACGGUUCAAAGGCUAACGAUCUAAUCGGUGUACUGAAGGAAGCCAAUCAGUUUGUAAAUCCAGAGCUUCAAGAAUAUGCUCGUCACGGAGGUGGUGGAGGUCGCAAUCGUGGUUUUGGCCGUGGGCGUGGUGGAAACACGAAUCGCAGUGGAGGCGGUCGCGAUCGUGAUCGUAAUAUGAGAAAUGAUGGAAAAGGCAGACGAAAUGACGAUUACCGUAGUGGUGCCGGCGAUGAUCGUGGGGCGAAGUUUCCACGACGUGAUGAUUACGGUGGAAAUCGUAAUGAUUACACUGCAAAACCUGCUGGCAGUUUUGGAGGAGCUGCAGCAAGAGAUAGCGGAUUCAAAUCUGGAGGUUUUGGUGGUGGCUUAGGAGGUUCAACUGGUGGAGGAUUCGGAGGAAGUAGUUCUCGCAACGAACCGAAAAUUGUAGGAGGAUUUAAUACCGGAAUUGAUAAAUCAGGUGGUUAUGGUAAAUCCACUGAUAAGGCAGGAGGAUUCGGCGCUGACUCUAGAUCUAGUGGGUUUGGUAGCAUGGCUCGUUCGCAAAAUGGAACGAGCACGAAUUUUGGAGGAAGUAGCUUAUCAUAUAAAACCGACGAAAAGCGCCUCGGUAGUGUCGCAAGUACUCCUAACUUCAGCAAGCCUCCGCCACCAUUUACUGCACCUGUUGGUGGCUUUAGCGCACCACCACCAUCUACACGUCGCCCGGAAGAAAGAUCACGUCCAACUUUAGCAAGCACCGUUGGAAGCUCAUUCGGAACACUAAGCGGCUUUAAUUCGGCCGCUUCGACCAGCACUUAUCCAGUCCAAUCCAAUCAAAGCAGAGCGUAUGGAAAUCGCGGAAAUAUUUCAUCGGUGGCUGGUAGUGGCCUCUAAAGAGAUGCUGAAUACAUUCAUCACACUUCUACAUUACAAUGAUAAUCCACUAGUGUAAGUGAUAUGUCUACAAACAUGCAUCGUUUUUAAAAAACACUCGUUCCAAUCUAUAUUAUAAUAAUGCAGGACAAUUAUUUUUUUGCUGUCGAGUUAAAUGUUUCACGGUAAUUAUAUAUUUUAUUUGCACCAUACAAACAUGGUGAUAUUACUAGAUAAUAAUAUUUAUAUUAACCUCGAGCAAAAAUUUGCAGAGGAUAUUGUGUUUAGUAUAUGGUAAAUCAUGCUCUAUGUACUAUGAAUACAUUAUGAAAUAAAUUCUCCAGGAUGUGUGUCUUAAAAUGUA